UUUCGGGUGCGUUUGCCUGCUCCGUAUUUGAGUUUCUUUUAUGUACAGCCGCCCGGUAUCUCGCACGACUGUCAUUAAUUUGCUGCUAGCUUUUUCUUUCCUAACAGCGUAAUCUGCGGCUCGACACGAGAACCAAAAAUGCAAGACAAGGCGACCACAACAAAUUCGCAUGGCAGUGUGGAGAACGAAGACAAGUCUCUUCCACGUGUUUUCGUUCGUCAGCUGCAGGAACGGGAUAACGAGGUCGUACGGCAAAUUUGGUCCGAAGCGAUGCUUAGUCACGGAUUGCAGCAGGCACGGGAAUUUGUGGAAAAACGAUACGACGACCCGACAGACAUGGGUAACGCCUUUGCAAGUUUUCUCGGGGAACGCAAGAAUUUCUGGGUAGCGGUUUCUUUAGAAGAGUAUCUUCAAGACACUGCAGGCACGACGACAGGCACGACCAGCGCAGCAAAAAUUGAUCCUGGAGGACGAGAUCUUGCUCAUGAAGGUGAAAAAGUAAUCGGCUGUGUGGGCGGCUUGUUCCGCGACACAGAUGAUCUUCGGAGAUUUUGCCCGCAUGGAAAGGAGUAUUUGAAGCGAGAUCCGGGGGACGAAGUCCCGCUGUGGCAAGAACCUUUGGGGAUUCCAGACAGCGCAAGGUCUUCGACAAGUCGCGGUGCAGUUAUGGCGCUCUCAACUGUUACAUUCUCAACUGUUACAUGAAUUCGUCAUGCAGAACUACCAUCAAGAUUCACACUGAGAAGCUGCUGCGCAUGACAAAUUUGCGAAGGGCUAAACAGCACCUAAAUCUGUGCGAAACUUGCAAUGCUAGAAGUGCAACCUCUCCCCUUUCGCUUUUGCAAUUCUUGCAUCACAAAUUCAUGUAACAGUUGAGAAUGUAACAUUUGAGAACGCCAUAGCAGUGGAGCUAGUCCGGAUGGCGGUGGCGCCGGAGUACCGGGGGAGGAUGGUGGUGGAAGUGGGCCAGAGUUUAGCUUCGAGGGAAAAUGAACGAGAACACGACACGCAGCCUGUGCGCGUCACAAAAGUCGCCCAGCUGCUAGCCGAGCAAGUCGCCCGCUACGCUCAGGCCGAUCUGCAGUCGGAGUUUGUGGUGUUGAGCACGGCAUCUGCCAUGAAGCAGGCGGUGCGGGCCUAUGAAAAACUGGGUUUUCAAGGACGGCUGCUGGUUGAGAACGUCGCUUUCAGUGCCCGGUGUGAGGACUUGCUCCGGCAAGCGAAUCAGAAUAGAGAAGCAUUUCUUGAAGUUGGUUAG